AUGGAUAUAUCCGGCAAUAUUUUUGAAGAGUCAUUCGAUAGCCAAGAAAACACAAUUUUGCCAAAAAAAUCGUAUGACGCUUUAAGUGAUCCGCAUCCGGAGACAUCGGCAUCAUCUCAAAAUGAUAUUCUGAAAGCUUUGAGGGAAGUCCUGAAUGGGCAAAAGGAGUCCAACGCACGGCUGGCAAAGUUAGAGGAAAAUCAAACGACUGUAAUGCAAAAUCAAGCCAUUCUUAGCCAGGGAUUGGCUAGUAUUGUAGCCAACCAAGAGGAGAUAGCUAAGGAGCUAGAGAAAAUAAAUAUAAGUAUCGAAAAGAACCCGGAGGCGAUGGCUCAGACGAAGGCGCUAAGAGAGUGUAAGGUGGCGGUUAGAAAAAUUGAGAUGUCCGUUUGCCGCCUGACGGGAGAGUUGGAGGACACGUUCAUGAACGAGGUCACCAGCAUGCUCCCAUUAGCAACUACCACUGGGGUGCUGAAUGUGGAAGAAAGGCUUCAAGUUCAAGAGUUUGCCCAAGCAAUGACUUCAUAUUUGAACAAAAUGAAGGGGACAUCAGAAGAUGUCGGCCCUGUCAUUCGCGGCAUCUUCACGGAUGACCUGCUUCACAAUUACAAUUGGGACGGGACAUGGGAGAAACAGGCCCUUAAUAAACUUAAUUUUAUUAAUAAUAUUCUGCGAG